AUGACUUCUCAGUUCGCCGGUCUCCAGGCUCUCCUGGCCCCAGCCGAUCCCCAGCCGUACAGCACAGUAUCGACUCAAGACAACACUUACGAAGGCACCAAGUAUCGCAUCUAUACCCCACACCGCGAAACCAACGCCCAAGACUGGCUUCCCAUUGGCGUUUUCUUCCAUGGCGGUGGCUUCGUCUUGGGAGAUCUUGAGACUGAGGAUGCGCUUUGCCGAGCAAUUGCUCAGAAUGCAAACACUUUGAUCAUCAGCGUGAACUACAGAAAAGCGCCAGCCCACAAAUCACCAGCACAGCUGCAGGACGCUCUCAAAAUGUUCCAAUGGGCAUACCACAAUGCGACGGCUUUGGGUGGUGAACCAAACAAACUCUAUACCAUUGGUACCUCGGCUGGUGGCGCCCUUGCCUUUGCAGUGGCACGCAAAGUCGCACUUGGCUCUACGGAACUGCCCAAGGACGCCGUGAAAGGCAUCGCUGCCUUCAGCCCGGUCAUGUUCCACCCUGAUAAUGUGCCGGAGAGAUAUCACUCACAGCAUACAGCAUUCAAGGAUAACGAGAAAGACACCCCGAUCAUCGACGUGGCAUCCCUGAUGUCCUUCUUCAAUACAUGCAAUGCGAAAGCAGAUGACGCCGACUACUUUGUUGGCCUCGAUCAAGCCAGUCACGGCCUUUUACCCACGACGUAUAUAGUGACGUGUGGUUUGGACCCUUUGAGAGACGAUGGGAAGAUCGUGGCCGGUUCAAUGAAGAGCCAAGGCGUCCAUGUCAGAACUGACCAUUAUGACGGUCUGCCGCAUUGUUUUUGGAUGUUCCCUACCCUACCUGAGACUAGAGAGUUCCUGCGAAAAGUCUUUUCGGUGUUAAGUGGGUUAUUGAGAACAUGUAAGAGACUGAUGUGA